CAAGGUAUAAGGUGAGGUAGUUAUCGGUGGUUGUUCGAGGUGGUUGAAGGUGGUCGGAGGUGGACGAGGAGGAGGACGAGGAGGACGAGGAAUUGUGCUCGGUAUAAGCUGAGGUGGUUGGCGGUGGUCGUUGGAGGUGGUUAGCGGUGGAUGGUGGCGGUCGAACUGGACGAGGAGGAGGACGACGAAGACGAGGAGAACACGGUGGACGAGGAGGACGAGGAUUUGUGCUCGUAUUUGACAACAGUGAUACCUUAUCACAUGGACAGUGGCCCACCUGAUAAUCAAGCUUUACAAGUCCUCAUUAUGAUAUCAAAGGCUAUUAAUGAGGAUAGUCCAACGGUGCCCACAUUAUUAACGGACUACAUAUUGAAAGGUGGGUUGAUUUCUUUCACCUUGUCUUGAAUCCGUGCGAGAUAAACACUUGUAUAUUUCACGGUCCAGUUAUUAUCAUGAGGUUCA